AUGACUUAUUCUGGGAUUAUAUGGGGUCCUCUGAGAAACACCUGUGGUCACUUUUGGCUGAUGAUCUGGGAGCGGGAGACCAAAGCUGUUAUCAUGCUCAACAGAGUAAUAGAGAAAGGCUCGGAAAAGUGUGCACAAUAUUGGCCGACACAAGAAGAACGAGAGAUGUCGUUCCGUGACACCCGCUUUGUGGUAACACUAGUGUCAGAGGACGUAAAGUCAUAUUAUACCACCAGAGUGCUGGAACUCCAGAAUGCAAGUACGGGGGAGACGAGAGAGAUCUAUCACUUUCACUAUACCACAUGGCCUGACUUUGGCGUCCCAGAAUCCCCAGCCAGCUUUCUGAAUUUCCUGUUUAAGGUGCGGGAAUCUGGCUCACUCGGGAUGGAUCACGGUCCAGCAGUUGUCCACUGCAGUGCAGGAAUUGGCCGAUCAGGAACAUUCUCUCUUGUCGACACUUGUCUCGUCUUGGUGAGUUGGACCUUUAAAACUAGGAGUUUGCUGUGGACUGUAGGUCACUGA